AUGGACAGGCAGGAGAAGCUCAGAAGACUGGAGGCAACCAAGAGAAGGGUGCCAGCUCUGUCAGCAUCAGCCUUGGCUGGGCUGCUGCAAGAUAUUGAAGCCAAUGGCUUGCCAGGGCUCAGUGGUAGAAAGCAUGUCAAAGAAGCCACUGUCAAUUCUCUGGACAUGAAUAGCUAUGGAGACUUGAUCCAGAUCGUACACAUAACUGGGAAGGACAACAAGAACAUACCACUUGUUUAUGCCAACUUCUUCACUUUGCUCCAAGGCUUCUUCCUGCAAUGCAAGCCCUUCAGGGAUUUGCUCAUCAGCACUAUGCAAGGUGCAGCAGCAAGAGCUUUAUCGUUGUGCUUUUACGCCGACGAAAUCAACCCUGGAAAUAGCUUAGCUGUGGAGCAGAACCGCAAAAUUUGGUGCGUUUAUCUCAGCUUCUUGGAAUUCGGGCCAGUGAUCUUAGCCAGAGAGCAAGCUUGGCUACCAAUUUGUUGCCAAAGGUCCACACUGGUCAGUGCUCUGCCUGGUGGUGUUAGCCAAUUGGCUGCUUGCAUACUGGAAGAUAUUUUCAACAGCGACAGAGCUGAGCCUGAGAUUCUUGGUAUCCAGCUGCAAGGUCCUGCCAAAGAGCUCUACAAGCUUAGGUUCACCUUGGGCGCCUUCCUACAAGAUGGACAAGCUCAUAAGCUGCUCUUCUCAGUAAAAGGCGACAGUGGCACAAGGUGCUGCAUUCUUUGUCAGAAUGUGGUUGCCCAAGGCUCCAACUUGGAAGAUGCAGUGUUGACCAGCUUGGCUUCUGCAGAGGAGGAGCUCAUUCUGACAAGUGAUGCAGAUUUCGAGAGGAGUGUCCAGACUUUGCUUCGAAAGCAUACUGAGCUGAACAAGGGUGACUUUGCUUUGUGGCAGCAAGCAUGUGGGAUCACCUAUAAUCCUGCUGCUCUGAUUUUUCAGCCUUCUCUGCAAAGGCUUGUGAAGCCUAUUAGCCAGUGGCUUCAUGACUGGAUGCACUGCUUCUUUCAGAAAGGAAUUUGGCUGCUUGGCCUGACAAUUCCUUUCCCUUCUUAA